AGUCAAAGGUGGAGCCUUCUAGAUCGAGUACGCCUUUCCAAUCCUCGUGGGACCAGUCCGAAAGCCAAAACCUUUUCCCCACUGAACAUUGAGGGCGUGGAAGAAAGUCCCUCCAAAGAACCAAAAACCAUGGGAGUGAGCAACAAGGAGCGAUUCCGUACUGCACUAAGGAUGAAAGCCUAUGCCUUCUGGCAAAGUUCAGAAGAUGCCGGAACAACAGGGGACCCUAUGGCAGAUGGAGGCUACAGUAAUGAAUAUCUGAUGGAGGAUUUAAUCCCUACGAUAAAAGUGGUCAUCCAUGCUUCUAGAAUAAUGCAGUUCUUGCUACAUAAGAAGAAAUUUAAGGAGACUUUGCGGCCUUAUGAUGUGAAGGAUGUGAUAGAGCAAUAUUCUGCUGGACAUCUGGAUAUGCUCUCUAGGAUUAAAUACCUCCAGUCAAGAAUAGAUAUGGUUUUUGCUCCAGGUCCUCUUUCUACCCCCAAACAUAAAAAGUCCCAGAAAGGAAUAGGUGGACUUGGUGGAGGAUACGGCUACCCAUCUCAACAGUCUCCAAGGCACGACCCCUAUGGUUCCAAAGCAUCAGAUUUUGAAGACCAAAGUAUGAUGGGAAAAUUUGUGAAAGUGGAAAGACAGGUCCAAGACAUGGAAAAGAAGCUUGAUUUUCUGGUUGACAUGCACAUGCAACACAUGGAUCAGCUACAGGUCCAAGUUACAGAAUACUAUCCACUCCAAGAGGCAACAGUUGAAGAAGAAGGAGAAGAGAGUCGAUACUCUGAAGUCGGCAGGGUAAUUUAUAACUACACGGAGUCUUGCUCCCAUGUGGAUCCCUACAACUUGCACCAAGUUUCAUUUAACAAAAUGGACCAGUAUGGGUUCUUUGAGAACUACCCUGCGGAUUUUACUUCACCCAUGCCUUUUAAUGGUGACAAUUGUUCCAGAAGGUCAAUGUCCUCUUCAGGCAACUAUACUGAAAGGCCAACUGUUUUGCCUAUUCAGACUUUAAUAGACACACGGGUAGAUUUUCGACACGAAGGAGAGGUAUCAAGUCCUUAUGUCGAGAGGGGCUCCCCCUUCCAUAGAAGAAGUUUUACAAGGGACAGUGACACCCCGUUAUCUUUUCUAUCAGUGAACCAUGAUGAACUUCAAAGGUCGCUCAGUGGGUUCAGCAUUUCCCAAGAAAAAGAAGACUUUAAUUUUGAUCCUAAUGGCUCAACGUGGAUGAGAGAUAAACGUUUCUUAGCGGAAGGUGAAACGGACACCGAUACAGACCCAUUCACACCGAGUGGCCCCAUGACUUUGUCGUCAACAGGAGAUGGUAUCUCCGAUUCGGCAUGGACACCUUCUAAACCUAUUUAA